GGUCGAUCUCGAUCAAGCCAGCAUAGAUCAUGAUAAAAGGACAGCAGUGACUCGUUUCAAGUACGUUUCAGCUUCCUUCACCACAGAUCAUGGACGCUCUCAAAGCCGUAUUCGAAGCCAAAAAGGUGGAGGGAAUCCCAGCAUUAGUGACCUUCGUCACUGCUGGAUACCCAAGGACACGAGACACUGUGCCUAUCUUGCUGGCCAUGCAAGCUGGAGGGGCAGACAUAAUCGAACUUGGCGUGCCCUUCUCCGACCCCAAGACCAAUACCGUUGCACUUAAAAAUGAUAUUGAAUAUGCCACCGUACUUGGAAUGUUGCGAGAAGCAAGAAGCCAAGGACUGAAGGCACCGGUCCUUCUUAUGGGGUAUUACAAUCCAAUGCUUGCAUAUGGAGAGGACAAAGCAAUCCAAGACGCUCGUGAAGCUGGUGCAAACGGAUUUAUCAUGGUUGAUCUUCCACCUGAAGAGGCCCUCAACUUCCGUGACAAGUGCACAAAGGCAGACUUGUCGUAUGUUCCCCUCAUCGCACCAUCAACAUCCUUGCAUCGAAUCCAAUUUCUCUCGUCCAUUGCUGACUCUUUCAUCUAUGUAGUGUCAAAGAUGGGAACAACUGGUUCUUCUAUCCUAGGGACGAUGAAUGCUGCCCUUCCGGACAUCAUUGCUCGCAUCCGAGAAUACACGGCUGUCCCACUGGCGGUCGGCUUCGGUGUUGCGACACGUGCUCAUUUUGACGUUGUCGCUAAUGCUGGGGCAGAUGGUGUUGUUGUUGGUAGCCGUCUCGUGAGCAUCAUCAAGGAGGCACCUCUCGACUCGAUACCUCAAAACGUCGAGAAUUACUGCCUGCAGAUUAGCUUGAAGGGGCAGCCUACUCGCAUUCGGUCGCUGCCGACUUCAAACACUUCAACGCCUUCCAAUGGUGCUUUGAAAUCACCCACAGUAGCCCUACUUCCCGCACGUUUUGGUCAGUUCGGUGGACAGUACGUCCCGGAGGCACUCUUCGAUUGCUUGGUGGAACUCGAGGAAGCUCACAACUCGGCUAUCAAUGACCCUAAGUUCUGGGAGGAGUUUCAAGGCUAUUAUGGAUACAUGAAUCGCCCGUCAAAACUUUACUUUGCAGAAAGCUUGACGAAGCAUGCUGGCGGCGCCCAGAUUUGGCUGAAGCGUGAGGACCUGAAUCAUACGGGUUCUCACAAAAUCAACAACGCCAUUGGGCAGAUCUUGCUUGCUCGUCGUCUUGGCAAGACACGCAUCAUCGCCGAGACCGGUGCUGGACAACACGGUGUCGCAACUGCUACCGUGUGUGCACGAUUCGACAUGGAAUGUGUCGUCUACAUGGGUGCAGAGGAUGUUCGUCGCCAAGCCUUGAAUGUCUUCCGAAUGAACAUGCUUGGUGCCAAAGUUAUACCCGUUGAGUCAGGUUCUCGUACUUUGAAGGAUGCCGUCAAUGAAGCCAUGCGCGACUGGGUCACAAACCUUUCCACAACACACUAUCUUGUCGGCUCUUGCAUCGGUCCACACCCAUUCCCGACGAUUGUGCGCGACUUCCAAAAGGUGAUUGGACAAGAGAUCAAAUCACAACUAAAAGAGGCCAAGGGGAAACUCCCAGACGUCAUCGUCGCGUGCGUCGGUGGUGGAAGCAAUGCCAUUGGGACGUUUUAUGACUUCAUUCCCGACAAGAAUGUGAAGCUCGUGGGUGUGGAGGCUGGCGGUGAAGGUUUGGAUGGCGACCGGCAUAGUGCAACCCUCUCGAAAGGACAGCCUGGUGUAUUGCAUGGUGUGAGAACAUACAUCCUCCAGUCGAAGGCUGGCCAGAUCAUCGAGACACACUCGGUCAGCGCGGGUCUUGAUUACCCUGGCGUUGGGCCAGAGCAUUCCUGGCUCAAGGACUCUGGCAGAGCAGAGUAUGUUGCCGCGACAGACGAGGAGGCUCUCAGAGGCUUCCGACUUUGUACCCAGCUAGAGGGUAUCAUUCCUGCUCUUGAGUCAUCGCAUGCUGUUUGGGAAGGUGUCCGUCGUGCCAAAACACUGCCAAAAGAUACUGAUCUCGUCAUUUGUCUUUCGGGGAGAGGCGAUAAGGAUGUAGAACAGAUAUCGGAAUUGCUCCCUGGAAAAUGGGCUGACAAGCUUGACUGGCACAUCUGAGAACCAGGCUUGCUGAUGGGCUCUCACAAGGGAUUACUAUCUGCGCCCAUGGUUGAUAGCCGUACGAACGAAUAACGAUAAGGCGGCUAUGUAGCUUCUUCCAAGUCGCGGUAAAAUUAUAGAUGAUGUACGAACGAUGUACUUAUGUAGUACUACUUGUAACAUGCUACUUUCGGCAAGCAUGACUCGACUCUGCUGU